AUGACUAGGAGUAAUACCAGUUUUGAUGAUUUAUAUGCAUAUGACCCUGUGAUAGAGAGAUCAUUGCAUGCUGCUAGUAGAGCUCGUAGGUUGACUUACAGUAGAGCUGUUCCUGAGCAUACCUUAGAGUCUGUUGAGUCUAUCGAGUCUGUUUGUUCGAGUCCUUUACAUAGUGUUUAUUCGUUUGGUCAUUUAUUUGAUUCUGAAAUCAUGGGUGAUAGAACACUUAAGCAAUUGGCUGCUCCUAAUGUUGAUAAUGAGCAGCCCUUGUGUAUUCGUUAUACUAAUCCUGUUGUACCUUUUGAGCUUAAGUCUGGACUAAUACACUUGCUGCCCAAGUUUCAUGGUCUUGCAGGUGAGGAUCCCCACAAACAUCUGAAGGAAUUUCAUAUAGUCUGCAGCACUAUGAAGCCAACAGGGGUGGAUGAGGAACAAAUCAAGCUGCGUGCUUUCCCUUUCUCUUUGGACAGUGGAGCUAAGGACUGGUUGUACUACCUGCCACCUUCCUCCAUUGUAAGCUGGAAUGACAUGGCCAGAUUGUUUCUGGAGAAAUUCUUCCCUUCAUCCAGGGCCACUUCAAUCAGAAAGGAGAUCAGUGGCAUAAGGCAAGCUAAUGGGGAGAACAUGCAUGAGUAUUGGGAGCGAUUUAAAAGGCUUUGUUCAAGCUGCCCACACCAUCAAAUUCCAGACAAUCUCCUGCUUGUUUACUUCUAUGAAGGGCUGCUGCCUAUGGAUAGGAACCUUCUGGAUGCAGCUAGUGGAGGAGUCCUGAGCAAUAAAACACCUAAUGAGGCCAAGGAGCUGAUUGCUGAGAUAGCUGCUAAUGCUCAACAAUUUGGCACUAGAGCAAGCAGCAGUGCAGUGUUCCAAGUGCAAACUUCUCCAAUCACAGAUAACCAGAGAAUAGAGAACAGGCUUGAUGAGUUGACAUCAAUGGUGAGGCAGUUGGCAGUGACACAGACAGUGCAACCUUCUGCUCAACAGACAAACAACCCGUGUGGCAUCUGCUGUGAUCCUUCUCAUCCCACGGAUGCUUGUCCUUCCUUACAUGACAGCGGUUCCCAAGUUGACCAGUCUGUUGCUGCAGUUUUUCCUGAAAAUCCACAGCACCAGCACCAGCAGCAAAAUAAUCCAUUCUCCAACACUUACAAUCCUGGCUGGAAGAAUCAUCCCAACCUCAUAUGGAACCAGAAUCAGCAAAAUGUUCCAUAUCAGAGUCAACAAAAUUUACCAUUCCAGCAGAGGCAGCAGUUUGUGCCUCCACAACAGAGGCAAAAUUUUCAACAAUUUGCCCCUCAGCAGCCAAUGCAGCAGCAGCCACCAACAGUUCCAAAUCCAAAGGGAACCGGCAAUGUUAGUGCCAUCUCUCUGCGGUCUGGCAAGCAACUGGAGGAACCAAACCAAUCUGCUGUUAAGUCAUCUCAAGGAGGUGACACUGGUUCAAGGAAGCAAAAUACUGAUACUUCUGAUGUCCACAUCCCGUUACCUUUUCCUCAAAGAGCCACUCAGUCUAAAAAGCAAGCAGCAAAAGCUCAAGAUAAAGAGAUUCUUGACACCUUCAGAAAAGUAGAGGUCAAUAUCCCACUCUUGGAUGCGAUUCAGCAAAUUCCAAGAUAUGCUAAGUUUCUGAAGGAGUUAUGCACCAACAAGAGGAGGCUGAAAGGAGAUGAACGAGUCAGCGUCAGCCAGAAUGUGUCAGCACUCAUCCAGCCCAUGCCCAAGAAGUGCCAAGAUCCAGGGACAUUUACUAUCCCUUGCAUUAUUGGAAAUUCUAUUUUUCAUGAUUGUAUGUUAGACUUAGGAGCAUCCAUUAAUGUUAUGCCUGAAUCUGUGUAUAAGUCUCUUGGUCUUGGUCCCUUGCGUGCUACUGGUAUUGUUGUUCAGUUAGCCAACAGGAGUAGUGUUCAUCCUUCUGGUGUAGUUGAAGAUAUAUUAGUUAGGGUGAACAAUCUGAUUUUUCCUGCUGAUUUCUAUGUCUUAGGGAUGGAGGGUGAGAUUCCUAGUAGUACAAUUAUACUUGGUAGACCUUUCAUGAAAACUGCUAGGACUAAGAUAGAUGUGCAUGCUGGUACUCUUUCCUUAGAAUUUGGUGAUAGCAUGGUUAAUUUUAAUAUUUUUGAUGCCAUGAAAUUUCCUAGGGAAGAGCAUUCUAUUUUCUAUAUGGAUGUAAUUGAUGAAAUGAUGGAUGAUAUCUCUACUGACUUAACUGCUGAAUAUCCAGAAUUAUCAUCAUUACUUGAUUCUGCUCUGUCAUGUGAUUGUACCGAUAGUAGUAACUGUACUGCUUGUGCUGAGAUAGCUUUGUGUUGUUCUGAUUUUAAUCAUGUAUUGAAUGAUGAUUUGCACAGUGGUUCUGCAUUGGUGUUGAAUUCUGAGUUGCCUGUUGAAAUUAUUGAAGGUUCUAUUUCUGAGAAUUUGAUUGCAGGCAUAGAUGUUAAUGUGUUUUCUGCAGAACCUGCACCCACUAGACUUCUCCCAUCCACUGAGCAACCACUUAAGUUGGAAGUGAAGGAUCUACCUGACCAUCUGAAGUAUGCAUAUCUGGAGGAAAAUGAGCAGUUACCUGUGAUAGUGGCCAAGACCCUUCUACCUGAGUGGGAGGAAAAGCUUCUGACAUUGCCGAUACAGGCCGACAUCAUUUAUCCCAUUUCAGAUAGCUGGUGGGUCAACCCGUUUCAAGUGGUUCCCAAGAAGUCUGGAGUGACUGUAAUGGCAAAUCCGAAAAAUGAACUGGUUCCAGCAAGAGCUCAGAACAGUUUGAGAUUUCCAACCUACUAG